AUGGAGGUGGAGCACGCCGCAGAGGAGGAGGAGGAGCCAGAGCCCUCCUACGUGCCCGUCCACCCGACGCCCGGCAUCGAUGUCUUGGACAUCUCCGACGAUGAAUUCUUCGAGGAGCUGGUCCGCACCUGCCGCCUCUCCCGCGCCUGGCGCCGCCGCUGGGAAUCCGUCCCCGGCCUCGACAUCCAGUUCGACGACCCGUGGUCCGCCGCCGCGCCCGACGCCCGCGCCCUGUGGCGAUGCUCCGCGCCCGUCGGCGGCUUCACUGCCCUCGUCCGCAUGGGCCACUUCCACCGCGCCGCCCGCUGGCUCCUCGCCCUGGCGCGCAAGCGCGUCCAGAAGCUCGUCCUCAGGUUCGACUACCCCGACUCGGCCCCCGUCGUCGGCCCCGCCCUCUUCUCCUGCGCCGCGCUCACCGACCUCGAGCUCUACGGCUACUGCCACCUGCCGCGCGCCCCGCCGGGCUUCCAAGGCUUCCCCAACCUCGUCACCCUCGUCCUCGACAACCUGCUCCUCCGUCUCCCCGGCGCCGCGGCGCAGCUCCAGCGCCUCAUCUCCUCGGCGCCCGGCCUCAGGGAGCUCUCGCUGCACAACCUGAAAGCCGGCAGGGCCCGGGCUGGCCUCGAAAUCUGCGCCAUCCGGGCGCCCAGCCUCCGUAUCCUCAGGCUCUUCAUCUCCAUCUUCCUCGACAACGGAUGCCGGCUCGCGGAGGACCUCCAGUUGCUGGAGGUGGCGUCCAUCUCCAUCGAUGCACUGUUAGGGACCCCAGCCUUCGUCGACACUUUUCCACAGAUUUCUAAUGUCAAUACGCUUUUCUUCUACACCGACUCAAAACAGAUUAAAGAAAAUCCGCUGGAAGGGAUUUCAUGGAAGUUUCAGAACUUGAGGGCUGCACACCUGACUGCAAAUUUUGGCAAACUCCCAAGCAUCAGGUCGAUAUUUUCUUUGCUGAGAUUUGGCCCUCACGUUGAAGAACUCCAUAUUCAGGCAGAGAAUCGUUCCUACCUAUUCAAAAAUCUAGAUCCUGCUGCGCUAGAUGAUGCUGUCCGUGCUGACACCAUUGAUCAGGAUAUUCUUGAUGCAGAGAUAAGCGAUGACUUGUUUGCCAAUCUCAAACACAUCUCACUGUAUGGUAUGGGUUCCUUACCAAAUGACAUGUGGUUUAUGAAGUCUCUGCUGUCCAAGACAGGAUUGCUUGAAUCCUUUGUCGUCACUUUCAACUAUGGAGAAGAAACCGAAUUUUAUGUGGAAGCAUGUGAAGAGUUAGAAGCAUGCGAAAAGGCGUCUCCCCAAGCUCAGCUGGAACUAAGGCCUAGAAAAUUUCCAGCCUAAAACCUGGAGGACUCGCGUAGUUAUAUCAACUCUAUGACAUGGCAGAAUGUUCGUAGACAGCAUUUAAUCAGUAAUGCUGAACUGAGCUCUUACGAAUGCCUUGCAAGCAGAAUUCUGCUUUCUUUUGCAGAUUGUAUAAUCCCUGCUGUGUUUACCGGUAGUCUACUAUGUUGGUAUUUUCUGGUGUCGACAGACAACACGAGAUAUUGGUAACUAAUCGUGCCUCUUUCGAGAAAAAAGUUACGUCGUGUCUGAAU